AUGGCAGACCUUUCGAACGACCUCAAGAUGGACAGACCUCCUACCUACUCGUCAACAGACCCGACCGCCCAUACUUUACAUCAGUUCCAACAAAAGAGCGAAGCACGACCAGACGACCCUUAUGAAGUAGAAAUCCACGCUUCCAGCAAAGGAAGCCCGUCAUUCCAGUUGAAAAACAAGGGAAAUACCCUGUAUUACGUCGGCCACUAUCAGAAAAUCGACACUCCAGACUUGAUACUGUACGCCGGAUAUGACAAACAUGGUCCACAGCUCGCACAGGCAUCCUUCAUUCCUGACAGCAAAGACCUCAAAAUCUACAUUGGUGGCCUGAAGACUCCCGCCAAAGAUGACUGGGAUAUUGUAAGGUCUGCCGGAGGAGGGAUGUUCAAAGAUCCAAAYCAUCGUUUCGAGACCAAGAGUAGCAACCCUGCUGAGAGAAAGACCAAGUACUACUGGACAAAAACUUCAGAUCGCAAACUCGGAGCCUCGCGGUGGUCGCCUAGAGACUACAAGCUGGUCCGGGAAAGCGACGAGGAGGUCAUAGCGGUGUACGCUGAGCGUCACAUGGGCUCUUGGAGCAUGAAAGGAACCAUUCUCUUUCGCGAGAAGAUGAACGAGUUCGCGGAGAUGGCGUCGAUGAUGGUUCUUCUUUCGCUACUUGAGAUGUCGAUGCGACACGGCAGGGCAAUUAACAGAGCUUUCCCCAGCACAAAUAGCUUUUGA